AGCAGAGUUGACACGUGAGGUAUUCGAAUACUUUGUGAAUCGGUCCGAAUAGCUCUCAUUCGGAAUUUACUCUUCAACACGGACGUUCGUUUUUAUUUCUUUCAGAGCAAACCAGAAACUUAAACUUAACCACACUUCUCAGCUAUAAUAAAAUAGAAAACAAAAUAUUUGAAAUGGGAACUGGUGCAUCUAGUGCAAGCAAUUUUAAAGCAGGUGUUACGCCUGGUAAAAUAAGCCAAAGAUCUACAUUACGGAACCAAGAAAAUAUUGUCUAUGCCAACAUUUCACCUGAGUCCAACUUAGUACGAAUGGACCCACGACCGAAUAACGCAGCAUUUCUAUGCGGCGAUGUAAAUGGUUGGAACCAUGUUGUGUGGAAAGGAAGCCACGAAACAAGUCGCAGAGCUAGCUUCAGUGAAGACAUGCCAACUUACGAUGGGAGUACUUCUUUUGUAAACCAAAUAGUUGGAUUCGGACAUAGCUGUGAGUUAAGCAAUUGCAGCAGAAAUCUUAAAGAUGGAGAAUAUCGUUGUAAGCUGAAAGAUACUUUACGGAGAUCAAGGCAGAGUAGUGUUGAUACUAUCAGUGAUGUGGGACAUGAUAUGAAGACAAGUUUUGAAAGAAAAAGCUUGGGCAGACCAUUUACAUACAGAACAUUCUCUGAGAAGUCUUGGAGACGCCAGUGUAUGGACCCCGGAACUGUAGCUGCCAGAAUUAAUCGCAAAUUGCUGACGACAGCACGAGAUCUAAAAACAGCCAAAUAUCGACAAACUGAGAUAUAUCUUUAGCGCGUCCUGAAACUGGUUUUGAAUAUGUUUUCAGAAAGCCUUCUAUUUAUAAUAUGCAACAUUAAUAUAUGUAUUUCAUCAUAAUCACAGUUGAUUCUUUUACAUAUCUGUCUCUCUGUCUCUCUGUCUAUCUGUCUGUCUAUCUGUCUAUCUAUCCAUUAUUCCUUUAUGUGUAUGUACAAUUGUGAAGACAACGAACAACUAGAUUCUGUCUUUACUGACUUCAUUCUAAUCCUCCUUGUUUCCAUUUAGCUAUAUAAUGUUCCUUUGCAUUAAAUACGUUAGCACUUAACUUUUGUUUUCAUGCAGAUGCAUCUAUGCGUAACAUAUUCCCUGAACAUUUCGAUUUUCCUAAGCCAUCUUCAGGACUAAUUUUACAUUUAGUGAGUGAUUCUCUCAUGAAUGUUUCUGCACGUACAGUGAAGACUAUGUUUCGUGGAUGACGUCGUAAUAUAUCGAAACAUUCACGGAACUUUUCCCAAUAAUUUCCGAAAUAAUUAAAACGUAAACUACUGACUAAUAUUACACUUUCUUAACCACAUAAUAAUUUCUAAUUAGCUUUUUAACCUACCAAUUAAUAAAGAUGUUAGCACUAAAUUAAAUAUAUUGUUCAUUAUAACAUUAUAUACAUACAUGUACAUAUAGAAUAUGAUGUAAUAUAUAGUAUAAAAGAACACACGUAUAUGUAUAUAUAUAUAUAUAUAUAUAUAUAUAUAUAUAUAUAUACACACACGCAUACACACACACACAUAUAUAUAUAUAUAUAUAUAUAUACGUAUAAUAUAUGUAUAAUAUAUAUAUAUAUAUGUAAUACACACAUACACACACACAUACACGCAUAUAUAUAUAUAUAUAUUCAAACACAGCCGUCAUUCGCAAGCGAGUAUGAUCAGCUAGCAUGUUGUACGAUACUAAUUGUUUGAGAUACCUAUGAAGUCACGAGCAGAUAUAGACACACUCUUGGUCCUCCUAACCUUGAUCUAAGGGAACAUCCAGGAUGUGACAGAUAGAGGGAGAGUGUGCUGCACUUGCACUCGUUUGAUACUUAUAUCUACAGUUGAAUGGACUGGAUCAACAUGGAAUGGAGUGUUUUACUCAAGAACACAAUGCACCACACUCAUUUACCCGUUCCAUGAAUUGAAGCCUGACUUUAUGACCUGGAGUUCAACGCCCUAACAGCUAACGCAGUUGGGUGAAUUACGAAAUUAUGAAAAGUGAGGUGUUUAUUUUCUCAAGGAAACAUGAUGAUUAGUUUUAUGUUUCAUUUUGUUUUGUUUUUUUUUGUUUCGUUUAAUAUAUAUAUUCUUUAUUUCUAAGAUAGAUUUUGCGAGUAUUUUGCGUUUUCAUAUUCUGUUUCCGUUAAAUUCUUCUUUGUUUUUGUUUUCAAUAUUAUAUUCUGUUUCAGGCAAAAUCGUUAGCACGCCGAGCAAAAUGCUUAACAGCAUUUCUUCUUGCUCUUAAUGUUCUGAAUUCAAAUUUCGCUUGGGUCAACUUUCGGGGACGAUAAAAUAAAGUACCAGUCAAGUACUGGGUCUCUCUAAUUGACUUUUCUCCUGCCUCCCUUGUGCCAAAAUUUGAAAAGAUCAUUAUUAUUAUUAUUAUUAUGGCCUUUCAUUCUUUCGGCGUCGGUGAAAUAAAUACCAGAAAAGUACUGAAGUUGAUGCAAUCGGAUAGACCCCCAACCCUCAAAUUUCACUCAUUAGGCCUACUGCAGAAAAAAGAAAAAAAAAAUAUUAGGUCACACUGUGUAACACUAUUUUUGUCCUUGGGUAGCAAUUGUUAUUUCCUAUUUGCUUACGAAAAAUGGCUAAUAUUUCAUUCAAACUUUGCUUUUGUUACAUUUUACUCAAACUCAAAAGAAUUCCUUUCAACACAUGGUUAUUUGCUAUAACUAUAUUUCUGUUUCAGCAACACAGCGCUGAAUCUGUCUGAAAUGUAAUGGAAAAUAGGUCAGUUUCAAAAUAUUGGUGUCCAGGUCACAAAAGUAGUUUGAAGGGAAUAGCAGUCCUUUUCUUUAUAUUUCUAGGUAGAAGCAAAUAGAAAAUAAGACUUACUGACCAAAGAGAGAAAAGAAAAAAUUGUUACACAGUGUAAUUAUUAAGGUAAUCUUCUAAAAUCUAAAAUAUUAGAUUUAUUAUUCGAGGUACAUCUUGAAAAUAUAAGCAUGGAAGUAGUCAAAGCUAACAAAAAAAAUGUUCAUGGUUAAUGAAAAUAUUGAAAGUUAACGGAAGCGUUCAAGGUGAACAAGAAUGUUUAAAAGUAAAUGUGUAUAGAAGUAUUUAGAGUUAACAUGGAUGCUGAUAGUAAACACUAUGUGAGAAUAACUUAACAAUGUUUAUAAACCCUAACAUUGAUAUUCUGGAACGUACCCAUAUCUAUCCUUAGAGUUAAUUUAGAAGUGUUUUUUAGAGAAAUGGUAGUAUCUCACUCCAGUUCUGUCAAUAUCAACUGUGAUGAUAGUCACAUACCUUAACUGCCAUGGCGUUUUAAGCUCAACAACAUUAUCGGUAAUAUUUUCCUCAGCUCUUCAACACGUUUCUGUACAAUAUUAUAGUCAUUUGGUCUUGUUAUAUCCAUAAUUAACAUGGGAACGUUAUUGUUGCUAUUUAUAUCCAUGGCUUCCAGUUCGGGACAAUAACUGCCAUGUAAGGCUUGCUUCUAUAAUUGUUCAAUACAGUUGAUC